GCCAUGUUGUACUGUCCCCUCAGAUGUCAACAGUCCCUGGGUUUGUCCAAUGGUGUGUUCCGUGUGUCCGGGCGGUGCACACAGCGGGUCCAUGAGCGUGGGUGUGCGGGGGGACGGGUGUAAGCGCGGUCGGUAAAGUUAGCGUGUCCCCGGUGCUACAGCGCUGUAGGUCCCGCUCUACGCCGUCAUGAGCUCAUUGACUCAGCGCAGCUCGGGCCUGGUCCAGCGGAGAACUGAAGCCUCCCGGAGCGCAGCAGCGGUCCCGGAGGAGGAGGAGGCCCGGCGCACGGACGAGGACAGCGACCCCGAGGACUCCAAAGAAACACGGCUCACCCUGAUGGAGGAAGUGCUGCUGCUGGGGCUCAAGGACCGAGAGGGCUACACUUCCUUCUGGAAUGACUGCAUCUCCUCUGGGCUGCGUGGCUGCAUGCUUAUCGAGCUGGCUCUGAGAGGACGCCUUCAGUUGGAGAACAACGGCAUGAGGAGGAAGGCUCUGCUGGCCCGGAAGGUGCUGUGUAAAUCUGACGCACCCACUGGAGACGUGCUUCUGGACGAGGCCCUUAAACACAUCAAGGAGACCCAGCCCCCGGAGACGGUGCAGAGCUGGGUGGAGCUGCUGAGCGGAGAGACAUGGAAUCCUCUGAAGCUGCACUACCAGCUGAGGAAUGUGCGUGAGCGUCUGGCCAAGAACCUGGUGGAGAAGGGCGUGCUGACCACCGAGAAGCAGAACUUCCUCCUGUUCGACAUGACCACACAUCCGCUCACCAACAGCACCAUCAAGCACCGGCUCAUCCGCAAAGUGCAGGAGGCUGUGCUGGACAAGUGGGUGAGCGAGCCCCAGCGCAUGGACAAGAGGCUGCUGGCCCUCAUCUUCUUAGCUCAUUCCUCAGACGUGCUGGAGAACGCCUUCGCCCCUCUACUGGAUGAGCAGUACGACCUGGCCAUGAAGAGGGUCCGCCAGCUGCUAGAGCUGGAACCAGAGACCGAGAGUGCCAAACCCAAUGCUAACGAGCUGCUGUGGGCCGUGGUGGCUGCCUUCACAAAAUAAACCAAGUCUUAUGUUCUGAGGGACCUCAUUACCUGAACCAGGUCUAUGUCAUGUGGGGUGGUGGGCCCUUAACAAUGGAACUAGGUGUGUCAUGUGGUACCUCACCAGAAGAACCAGGUCUGUGCCAGGUCUGUGACUUUAUCUGAAUGGACGUGGGUAAUCCAAAUGGCACCAGGUUCCAAAUAGGAAAUGAGGGGUUCCAUUGACUCUGGCACCAAUUCACUUUAUAUUGAAAUAUCAUCCCUCUUCUUUGUGUCAGGUUUCUCAUUUUGGUCUUAAAUGUUCAUAUUAACUCAGUCUACAUGAUCCUGGUGUUUUUAUUUCACUAUUUUGUCCGCAAAUGAAGAUAUAAGCAUUAAUAGCAGACCAGUCAGGUGAGGUUGCUCCUGCCAGCAUUAGAAAUGGGUUUGAUUGACAACGUUGCUAAACACCCACCCCCUGCUAAACCAGGGGUGCUUGAAGUUACCUUCAAUAGCCUUGCUCCAGAUUGUCUCAUUGGUUGUUAUGAUACUCAAUGUUGGAAUUCCAAAUAUAGGUCUUGGCUCCUAAUACACUUGAUAACUACUGGCCGCUGUGAUGACAUCACACUCCCUGAGUCCACAUCUUUAUACAGUCUGUGGCUGUGAGGAACCUCACCAGAUGAACCAGGGCUAUGCUGUGGCACAUUGGACAGGCUGAGAACUUGUAGGGGGUGUCACUGGACUGUUGGAAUGUGGCCUGAUCUGGAUUUGAACUCUAACCCACACGUGACUACAGACCUAGACAUUUAGCCAGUUUCUGUUUUAAGGUGUACUAUGUAAACUGGCAGAGACUCAUCUGUCCUGCUUGUCUCAUGGAGAUGCUAUUGCUUUGCCUGGAGUGUCAAUACAGUCAAUACAGUGUUAGAAUAAAUGUAAAAAAACAAACAAAACAGAUCUGACUUGCAACUUGGCCUGGUGGAGUCAGUUAAAAAUGGGACUAAACACCCAAACUUCUCCCUCAACCACAUUACAAAUCAACAUGCAAACUGAGCACUACCUGGAGGACUAAAGGAGGUGAGAAAGGGGGGAGGGGGUCUGUGAUUGGUCUAACAGUUGGAGCUCCUGCAGCCAGGUGUUUAGAAUCAAAAACAGAUGGCUAGAAACAGGGCAGUCCUGUGUGAUGUCACCAGCGACAGGCAAUUGCCGCAGCCUCUUUGGUCAGCACACACUAAGGUUUUGGAACACAAAUAUGCAAAUGAAUCUUAAUUGCCAAUAAUGACUAGGCACAGGGGACUAUGCUGUUUAAACACCAUUUACAAAGUUUAGUAGCAAAAAGUGCAUUUCCACUUUUAAUACUUUGGAACAUUCCCAGCAAAGCAAUACCGUCUUCUGCUGACAUGCUGGUGGCAGACUCUUCACCAGAAAGGUUUCAUACUGCAUCUUUAAACAUACUAAUGUCCAGUAUCAAGAUGAGCAUGGUGGAGUAUAUUUUCGUACUACAUACUAACCAGGUCUGUGAACAAAAUGGACGUAACGUUUAUUGUGUGACAACCUCAGCCUCAGACAACAGCAUCUUCAUUAAACUGUGUGUGUGUGUU